AGCACAAUCACGAAAACGUAAACCGAAAUGGGUUCUUCGUCCAACGGAGGAGUGCCACCUGGGUUUCGGUUUCAUCCGACAGACGAAGAGCUUCUCCAUUACUACCUAAAGAAGAAAAUCUCUUAUCACAAGUUCGAGAUGGAAGUUAUCAGAGAGGUUGACUUAAACAAGCUCGAGCCUUGGGAUUUACAAGAGAGAUGCAAGAUCGGGUCAACUCCGCAGAACGAAUGGUAUUUCUUCAGCCACAAGGAUAGGAAAUACCCGACGGGGUCAAGGACCAACCGUGCUACUCAUGCAGGGUUCUGGAAAGCAACUGGACGAGACAAAUGCAUAAGGAAUUCUUACAAGAAGAUAGGAAUGAGGAAGACACUUGUGUUCUACAAAGGAAGAGCUCCUCAUGGCCAGAAGACUGAUUGGAUCAUGCAUGAGUAUCGGCUUGAAGAUACUGAUGAUCCUCAAGGAAACCCUAGUGAAGAUGGAUGGGUGGUUUGUAGGGUAUUCAUGAAGAAGAAUUUGUUCAAGGUAGUGACUGAAGGAGGUUCAAGCAUUAACUCAACGGACCAAUACAACCAUGAUGCCUCCAACAACAACAACACGCUCCAAGCUCGUAGCUUCAUGCACCGAGACAGUCCUUACCAGCUAGUACGUAACCACGGAGCCACGACCUUUGAACUCAACAAGCCUGACCUUACACUUCAUCAAUACCCACCAAUCUUCCACAAGCCACCUUCCCUUGGAUUUGAAUACUCUUCAGGGCUUCCAAGAGACUGCGAAAGUGCGGCUAGUGAAGGGUUACAAUACCAGCAAGCGUGUGAGCCCGGUUUGGAGGUUGGCACGUGCGAGGCCGUUGCUAGCCAUAACCAUCAACAAGGUUUAGGUGAAUGGUCAAUGAUGGAUAGGAUUGUGACUUGUCAUAUGGGAAAUGAUGAUUCUUCUAGAGGGAAUAGGUUUGAGGGUGGUAACAACAAUUCUUCGUCUGUUGUUCAGCCAGUUCAUGAGACGAAUCAGCUUUCGUUGCGCAGUGAGAUGGAUUUCUGGGGUUAUUCUAAAUAGAUGUUUAUAUAUCUUAUCACUAUGUUAGUGUUGGUGUGUGUGUUCUUUAUUACAUGUUUUAAUUACUGCAUUUUUUAUGUUUGGAAGCAAAUUGC